AUGCCACCGACGAUUCACUGUGCCGCGGCGGUCUACGCUCUGUUUCUUUCACUAUCAGACGCCACGCCACUCGCCGAACACGUCACACGAUUUCUCGAAUACGACAUGAACGCACUGUGGCCGAGUCUUGCUAUCGACGUCGAGCUGAAAGACGGCUCUCGUUCCAGCGGCCGCUACACGAUGUCCGCCGUGCCCGUGUUUUCGAAUAACCGGAACAUGGUGCGCUACGACGUGUACGCUGAGUUCGGCCCUCAGUCGGGUUUGGACGCGCAGAUCCUCUCCUACACGCAGACAAAUGGUCUUGUUGGUGUCAUCAGUCUGUCGAAUCCGCACGAGUCCCUGUGUUUACAGUCCGAAAAUGGCCCCUACCAGAUCCCACGGAUCAAUGCGAUCAUGGAUGAAAUCAUGAUGCUCAAGGCUGGAAGUCACUUAACGGAUGGCACAUGCGAGGGAAACGCGUUCCGUAUUAUGCCCAACGCAACGACCUACAACAUUUGUCAACCGGAGCCUGGCAUGCAGUUUUCCAUCACUGGGAACGACAUGAUCCUCACGGUGUCGUACGUGGACAGCGCGUCCAUGUCGUCCACCUAUGUCCCGAGCUCCAAGUGUCCAACAGUGGCAUCUCCAAUCGGUAUCAGGUACGGCGGACUCAGUUUGCUGACGGGUAAGUAG